AUGCCGGCCUUGAGGUCGCAAAGCAAACGCUUUGCCCAGCAGACGCUACAGCCUGUUUCAGGGAAGGAACAUUGUACCACCGCCAGUAACUCACCCAUCACCAAAAAAAACUUGCUCAGCAAACUGGACGAAAUCACAGAAAAUGUGCAACACAACUAUACAAAGGUUGCGGGCUCAACGCCUCCCGCCGCUAAUAUUACACCACCGGAAAUAUUACUGCAAAUAUACUCCCUUAUGACACCCCGGGACUUCAAUAAUGCGCGACGAACUUGCUCGCAAUGGAUGAGAGUCAGCCUGAACAAAGACUUGCUGGAAACGAUGCUGAAACGAGCGGGUUGGUGGGAUGCAUGGCGGCAUGAUAGUAUGACGCAACGAGUCUACCGCAACCCAUCCAGUUAUGAAAGUGAGGUGUGGAGGAUGAGCAAGCGCUUCGCGACAGAGUGUUUGCUUUCCGGGCGGAGUACCGUGUUUGAGAAACCGGGUUUUGUGACAACGGGGUCUAUCGAUUUCUCUCAACUUGCUGCAAGCUUGCCACGGAUGAAGACUCGAGGAGCCACGACAUCAUUGCAUGGCCUAAACUCACAUAGCGCCUCAACAUUUAGUGUCAGCAGUUGUGGCAAGUAUCUUUUGACCACGACUGGCUGCAUGGUAUACGUAUUCCGCCUUCUAGACAAGGAUUCCCGGUCGAUGUCUUUGGCGGAUUCCAAUGUGAUACCGAUAACCAGCAUUUCUUGUCCAUUUGAAGUUCUAUCUGCCACAAUUGAUACAACCUCUUCUCCGUUUGUCAUCGCCGCAUUAUUACGAAAUCGAGCUGGCAUGGUUUGCGACUUGUAUGUCUCAAACAUAAUUUAUGAUUUUGCAGGAUCCACUGCUGGUUCGGUGGAUGAGGCACCAGAAUCCUUGUCAUCCAAGCCAGCGAAACACAAUCUAUACUCGAUGCCGACAACCGCCCAUUUAACCCCGCACUAUUUUCAAGAUGUUUGUUCUGAUGAUCACCCUCCACGAACGAUCGCCUUAUGUCCAGGCCGUCGCUGCGUAGCCUUCGGAUGCGCAGGGGGUAUCGAAAUACAUUGGAUAGACGAAAAUACUCAAACAGCCCAACGUCGACAUUUCCCCAUGUCUCAACCUUCCGAAAUCCUACACUUCCUACCAAAUUCACCCAAGGUGCCGACGGAAAUGCGCCUUAUAUCUUCAUUAGCAGGACCUGGCGUCCACGAGUGCUCAUGUCGGCAAUCCCCAUUUCCCGACCAUCCCAAAAAAUGCCAAUUCAAUUUCCUCGGCGACUCAAAAUCAUCAAUCCGCAACCCCCCAAACCACUCAUCUCUCAGCCUCGUUCGCGCAACACACUGCCAUCAUUAUCGCGCCAUGCCAGUCCACGAUGGCUACCAUAUAAUCUUCAUAGAGCCGCGUACGGGGCUCCUCUGUAUCGGUUCUGACGCCCCAAUCGGCGGCCCAACAAGCCUCACCCGCGCCUUCGUAUGCGUCCCUCCAGGCUCCACCAAAUAUCAACCCGACGUAUCAACAGAACAAGCCCGCGUCCCAACAGCAUUCGCCAUUGCCUCGGAUUUAAGCUGGGGGCUCCGCGUCGUGGCCGCAUACCGAGACCAUAUAGUCCUCUACUCAAUACCUCUCGACCUCCUAAAUAUCAUUCGCAAAGAACGAGAACGCCAAUCGGAUGGCUUCAUGGGGGACGAUCAAGCCCGCGACUGGGCCACAGGGACAGACCCAGGAGAAUUCCGCCAACGCCGCGAAAAUCUCAUACAAAACGAUAAUGGGGACUGGGAGUUCGUUCUCAGCGCGCGUUAUAAAGCGCCCUCUAUGACUUGGCCAUUCAAGGUUCACGGCAAAGAAAUCGGACGCAUGGAUAAUAUCGUCGAGCUCGCCCUCCAAUCUUCGAACGGCGGCGCGCGUAUCUGGGCCUUUGGUGCCUCUGGCUCCGCACGGAUAUUCGAUAUCGACACCUUCACGUCCACGUCUGCAGAGCCUGAACCAGCAUCGGAUCAAUUCCCAACUGCACCUGACAAUAUUCCGAUGAAAAUGGUCACUCUUGGCUCGGAUGGGAGUGUCAUAUCUGCCACUAUAUCCGAGCGUGGCACACCGGGUUUCAGACUCGAGACUGGAUCCCGGAAACGUAAGGCGUCGGCGUUAAGAGAUAGUUUCAUGGGGCGAUAUGGCGCGAGUCGAUAUGUGUCUUGUAAGAUGGUAGAUGGGCUUCGACCGGUCAAUGCUUUGAGAAUCCAGGAGGAUGAUUCUUCUGAUUUACGGCGGCGACCCUCGUUUGCGGCUUGUAUUGUUGAUUUCAAGAUCCCUGGACUUGGGGUGAGGGGCGGAGGUUGGAAGAAUGAAUGA